AUGUUGGAAGAGAGUGAAUAUCAUCACAUCAUUCCAUUUUUGAAAACACUUUCAGACGCACAGACACUUUCUAUUGUUUCUAAAAAGUUGAGAAAAGCUAUAGAAACAUUGCCAACCAACCCAUGUUAUUCUGUGUUUCUAUGUGGAAAAGAAAUGAAACCAAACGCAUCCACGCUGCGAAGAGAGCUCUCUUUGUUUAAGGGAAUUACGUGCUUUGACUGCGGGAGUCAGAUAUCAAAAUUGGUUUCAGAAUGUAAGAGGUUUGCCAAAAUAUUGAACUCCUCUUGUGACAUCCCAUCUGAAUUAACUCACAAAGUGAUUAGCACUACGUUUGUCCCAAAAGAUCCAUCUUCAUUUGAACAGCUUGAGUCCGUAGUCGCACCGUUUCCGUCAGAUCUAGAAAAUUUAAAGGACAUCAAAAAGUUGAAGAAGGUAGUCAUCUAUAUUACCGAAGACGAGGUAAUCUCUCAAUUGUAUUCAGUGGUUGUUUCUCUCCCAAAGAGUGUUAAUGUUAUUAUUCACUUUGGAGACUUGUGUGAUGACUCUUUAAAGUUGUUACAAAAAACCCAAGCAAUAUUAGUCGCAGACGAUUUCAGAAAAGGAAUACCAAAUUCAAACAAGAAGUGCUUGAUGUACCUUUCUGAGUACAGCACCCUAAUAUUUCAGAAGGUCAAACAUAUGCUCCCAUUCUCACUUGAGAUCUUUUUAAGUCAGACUGCACUACUCCACACUGUGAAAUGUGGUGAACUUAAAGAAGGAAACCAUGUGGACUUCACAUGUUUAGAUGGUGUCCAAGAACUUAAAAUAACCGAGAGCGCUCAACACAACGUUAUGUUGAGUCUUCCCGUCUCGUUGACUUCGUUGGUGUCUGAUUUACCAAUUGACAAUCUUUCAGUGUUAACUUCGCUUAAAGAUGUAACAACUUCGUAUCUUCCCGACAUUCCAGUCGAAGUACCCAUUUUUACCCACCCCAAUUUCCUUGCUAAUAUGCACGUUGUUUCUUCGAAGUGCGAAUCGUGCAAUCUCAGCACUUGUGAUAACUUGAGAACUCUUGACGUCAGUGAUUCGGAUGUUGUCAAUCUUGUUUUCCCACAAAAUCUUCAACAAUUUUCUUUGCGAAAAUGCAACAAAGUGACAGUCUUACAUUUAGUAAAUUCGCUUGAAAAAGUCAUAAUUGAAGAUUGUGAAAAUCUUCAAGAAGUGAAAGGCUUAAGUAAAAAACUUGUCGGAUUUACAUUCAGAAACUGUAAAAAAGUAAUUCCAUUUUCUCUCGAAUCUCAAGCUCUCAAAACCGUAUUGUACAAAUCGACAGAAAAUGUGAUUACGAAUAUUGACGAACUCAAAGCAAAAAGCGUUGCGUGUUUGGAUUUUUAA